AGGAGCUAGCCUGCUGCUGGGUUUGUUUACAUUCGUGUUUUCACGGAGUUGUGUCAGUCCAUCGCUGCACAUGAUGACCACAGAGCCAACGAGCCAGGGGAGCCUGGAGAUCCAAGAGAUCCAGGAAAGCCUGGAGAGCCAGGAGAGCCAGGAGAGCCAGGACAGCCUCAGUGUGCUCUACCAGAGCGAUGACUUCAUUGUGGUCGACAAGCACUGGGACAUCCGUAUUGACAGCAAGAUGUGGUACGAGAAACACACGGUGCAGACUCAACUCCGGCACCGCUUCCCUGAGCUAGCAGACCCGAGCACCUACUACGGAUUCAGGUUCUGUCAUCAGUUGGAUUUCUCCACCAGUGGGGCUCUUUGUGUUGCCCUCAAUAAAGCUGCGGCCGGGCGCGCCUACCGCUGCUUCAAGGACCGCACUGUCACUAAAGCAUACCUCGCCCUGGUCCGGGGCUGCGUGGAGGAACAGAAGCAAACUCUGGACUUCUCCAUCGGCAAGAACUCCUCAGAGGGAAAAACACACAUGAUGUGUAUUGAGGGAACAGAAGGCUGUGAAAACCCCAAGCCGUGCCAAACCGGGCUGACAGUGCUGGAGUACGGGCUGUAUGAUGGAGAUCCUGUGACCAAGGUGCUCCUGCAGCCGCUCACUGGCCGGACCCACCAAUUACGGGUCCACUGCAGUGCGAUUGGCCACCCCAUCGUCGGUGACUUCACGUACAGCUCAGGAGCGGACGACGCCCCGUACCGCAUGAUGCUGCACGCCCACCUCCUCCACAUUCCCCUGGUGCCUCAGCCCCUGCUCGUCUGUGCCGGAGAUCCCUUUCUCCCCGUGAUGGAUCCCAAGUGGCUCCCGGAGCGCUUGUUACUUACAGUGGCGGCCACUGUAGAGGCCCUGCUGGAGCAAAGGGUGGAGGAGGACAGGAAGACUAAAGAGGAGGAGAAGGAGAGCGUGAGAAAAGAGGAGGAGAGGAGAAGGAAACGUCGCAAGGAACAGAGGACUGAGAAGGAGAGCGAGGAGCAGAGGAGGCAGUGUCAUGAGUGGCUGAGCGAAUGGGCUGGAGACUGAUAACGAGUCUUUUGUGUUAUGUACUAUAAUUUAUUUUAGCUUUUUACUUAUGAAGGCCACGUUGAACGUGUAAGCUCCACCAGUGUUGUUUUUUAAACUUAAUUCCCUCACAAACCAGCUAUAAACAUUAGGUUAGAACAAAUUUCUUGUGAGCCUGUAAACUGCUUUUAACAAUUCAAACCACUGACAUAUGCCCACGAUUGGACCAGCUCCUCUGCACUAGUUUACAAAUAAGUGCCUUGCUCAAGUUUACCUUUAUAGUUUAUAGUUUUUAAUAAACCUAUUCCUGUAGAUUUAUUUAGCCAAGAAGAUCAUUUCAAUGUGCCAAAGUAAUGAGCCUCUGAUUCACAAAGCUGUUAUAUGUUAAAUAUUCUUUUAGAGUCCGUUUCCAACCCUCUUCCUCUAUGUCCUGUUUUAUUGUUUUAAAGCUUUCGAGUACACUAUUAAAAAUAAAAAGCAUUUUGUGUCAAUGUUAAAAAAACAUCUCUCCAAACUAAUACUAAAUAAAAAUAUACUUAACAAA